AUUUACUUUACAUUUUGUCUUCGACUCGUCAGUAAUUAACGCUUUGUGUUGAACAGUUAUGCAAUUUAGCAGUUCAACAUAAACCGGCAAACUGACGUAAAGCAAGGUUAUACAAGGCUCCCGAGUUAUAGUUCGCAUUAGAUAGAUGCAAUUACGAUCCCCAAUUCUCUCUAAGAUAAGCUUCUGAAGCUUAACCACCCUAACAAAUUGCUUAACCACUCUAACAAAUUUCCUGUGUAUUAGUUUUCCCGCAAGCUUUGGUGAUGGAAUUGGCAUUCUUUACCCAAUUAAAUAUGUGCAUCCAGUUAUUCUCGAAAAUUGUAUACGGCUCGACAUGGAUGGCAUGAAAAUUGAUCGUGUCGUUGUUCCAACACUUGUAAUUCGCUUAACAACAGUUCGUCAGUGACAACAGUGGCGCUGAAAAAUGGAUUGGAGAUAAAUGACUUCAGGCUUGAAGUGAUAGUACAGAUCAUAUCCCGAACAAGAUGCCGGAGUUCGAUGACACAUUUCUCUUUGACUGUGCGAAAUUCGAACGAAAGAAAUGGAAAUCCUACAACAUUAACUUGCGUCCAAGUAGUUUAGUAUUAAAAAGUGUUGGCAGUUUUAGCCCGAACAACUCAAGUGAUGGUCAAACGUAUGUAGAAGGUGGUGAUUUGAUUGCGGGCGCAUUAAAACCAAUAAGUGAUCAGGAUUUGAAUCCGGCCGUAGUGGUAGUGAAAAAACGCGACCACCCACAAAGAAAUGUAGCGGUUAGUUAUCUGUACAGUAGUGUGAAUCCAAUUCGUGAAAAAAUUCUGGGAUACAAUUUUAAGCGGCACUCGUACACACCGGAGAGCAACUAUAAAAGUGUGUCUGGCACUGCAAAACAGUCCAUUGGAACAUAUUAUGAUAACGGACCGACCACCUCAUCCCAGACAACACUCAUCUCAUCAGAAACGGGUGGAGCAACUCCACGGAACAGCGGUGGUACUACUGUCAACAAUAACGCAACUGGUGCUGGAGUCUGUCUAAUUGACAGCAGUACACCAGUGGCGAAUGCCACCAAUUCGCCUGCAGCCGCGGACAGUAGUAGCAGAGCAACAGAGAACGGUUACGAUAAGACAGUAACACCCGGUGCGCCGGGAUCCUCUGGGCACAAAGGUAGCAUUCGAGGUAAUAAACUGGCUCGCAGAGCACGUUCCUUUAAAGACGACUUCCUGGAGAAAAUCUCGCAGAUCCGCACGCCCACCAAUACGAUGACAAGAUCACAUUCACCGAACAGUCCUCGCAGCGGCAGCACCGGUGUUGGCCAGCGAAGUAAUGGCGGGAAAGGCACUACCGACGAUUUGCAGACUACAACAGGAAAGCCAAUCCAGGAUUUGGCCUAUCACGUGCGUCAAGUCAAAAAUGCACUGACUCACUUUAAGGAUGUCAUACUGAAGAAUAAGCUUGAGAUGCUUCCCGGAAACGGGACCGUGGUGCUAGAAUUGAUUGCCAACGUUCACACUGCCUUGCAAUCAUACACACUAAAUGAAAACAGUAGUGCGCUAAUAAAUGCCACCAAUCAUGUAUACAUGUCCCUUGGAAACCUGUUAAAACUCUGCGACGAAGUUCUUCUGACUGCCGACGACGAAAACUGUCCCUCGCUGAGCAAGGAAAAUGUAAAAGAAAUAGUCGAACUGGUCGACAACGCUGUUAAUAAUCUGGUCAAUCUCGCUAAUGAGAAAAUUUCGGACAAGGCUGCAGGCAGCUCGAUUAACGUUAUUAACACGAUUUCUUCCAACACCCUACAACGACCAGUGGUUGACAUUGCCGGGCAGCGAACGUCGCUUCCAGACAUACCUCUAACGCCACGGGAACGCGAUAUUUUGGAACAAACCUCGCUUAAAACAGUACGAGCAUCUCACAGUACUGAAAGUAUUCUACGCGAUUCUAGUCCUCCUCCGAAGCCUCCACUACCGGAUCGUGGUCAGGAUCCGCCACCCCUGCCCCCGAAGCGGAAAAGCCAACAUUCGAAAAACCUCUCAUUCCACGAAACGUCCGAUUGUAACUCGGAAUCUACGUUUUUGGGUUGUGGUGGGCUCGAUCGGAUGUCUCUGAGGUUUCGUUCACCCGAAGAUAAUUCUAGUCUGCUGAGUGCCAGCGCUGGUUCGUUGGACUCAGCUCUGAACCAUUCACGCGAAGAGGAAGAACUUCGAGCACUUACUCAUGACAAAUCUUCUCAAAUGUUCGGGCAAACCGGGGGACACAACUCAACGGUAUGGGAUGAAUCAGACUGCUCCGGUAUGCAGUUACUUGGUGGUGGAGGUGCCAUCGCCACGGAUAUGACUGCUCUUAAUAAUCGUAAUUCCAAUGAAUCUGGAUUUGAAUCCAUGUACUCGUUACGAAUAAGUCGCGAUCAUCAGAGCAGUUCCACACACAAAUCGUCAGCAUUUGCUAGCACUAGCAGUAUUACUACCAAUUCACAAAUGCAUAAAUCUGAAUCACUAGGAGAUAGGUUAAAUUCUGGAAAGGUAAUUUCCAUGAUCACAAAUCAACAGCAACAACAGGAGGAGCAGCAACAACUUCAAAAGAUCAACACCAUUGUAACACAAGCUAGCGGAGACGUUGGGGAUGUUGUGUUGACCUCGACAACAACUACAGAAUUCACUAGUAGCAGCAGAGUUCAGAAAGCAACUUUGUCUAAAGUGAUACAAUAUGGUAGCAUAGAGGCAAAUGAUGAAGUGUUUGGUGAACACAGCGAGAGACCACCAGCUUUACCGGUGAAAACUCGUUCGCACAGUAUUAGAAGAGAGCGACAUCCUUCACAGUAUGAUAAUGUGGACGAAACAGAACUGGAUAAGAGUUCGCAGGAUUCAUUUAGUAACUGCUCGCUAAAUCAGACUGGUUACCACAGCCGACAGCAGAUGCUUAAUAAUCUGUCGAGUAAGCACAUAAGUCUAAUAGAACCACGUCAUAUGAAUCAUUUUAGCGAAGAACCGCCUCCUUUACCGAUGAAGAAGAAACACAUGUUUCAAAGUGUGGCUUAUUCAGUCAUGGCUUACAUGGAGAUUUUCGGAAGUGCAACCCAAAACCAAUCUGAAUUCAUGCGACAUUCGGUGCACACAUACAACAUGUCACAUCACUCUAGUGACCAUCAUCACAAUCACGUUCACCAUCAACAUAACCAAACGAUGUCAAUGACCAGCGGUGCAAGUAAUCAUAGCAUCACCCAUAGUCAAACCAUGAAUUUAUCCCCAUCUCGUGUGGUUCCAACGCCUACGUCCCCCCCGAAUUCUCCCGGUCUGAAUGUGAAACCACCGGCGUUGCCGCCAAAACGACAACGGAUCAACAGCAAAACUCCGAGUAUUACUUCUACACCGCCAGCUAGUCCCCGAGUAUUCAGUACAGAUUUAUCAUCGUCACCGUCUCCAUCGCCCUCACAGCAUCAUAUAACAAACAGCUGCUCAUCUCCUUCGCCCUCGUCAUCAUCAGUGGGCACUCUUCUGCCAACACCUCCACCAAAGAAUCAAUCUCUAACGUUAAUAUCUACCGAUAACAGUACACCAAGUAAUAGUAUCAGCCAAACACCGACGAACAGCAGUGACUGUCAACAAUUUGCAACAGCAGCUAUAACUAAAUUCAAGGUAUCACCUGUUUCCGGAGAUCGUCAGCUUUUAGCUUCUAACUCUAGUACUACCAUAUCAAACACUUCUAUCUCUUCCAAUUCUCCGCAACACUUGCAGUAUAACAGUUUCAAUAAUUUUAAUAACAACAACUCCAGCAGUAGUAGCCAUAGUAAGUUAGUUAGCAAUAACAUAGUCGGUUGUCAACCAUUCGACGAGGACUACCUUCGCCUAUGCGAUACGACAACACCGACAACGAUUCCAGCAGAAGCCCUUAAACAUCAGCAUUCACAAUUUACGUCUGAUGUGAUCACGAGCACGAAUCUCAGUCCCACUAGUGAUAAAGGCCUUCUAGUCAACCAGAACAACAACAGCAAUAACUACAGCUCAGAACCCGGAGCUACCGGUAGUAGUAUUAACCAUGCAAAUCGAAAGAACGAUGCUGAUCACGAAGACGAGGUUGAGGUGGUACUUAGGCGAAAUAACAAGAACGGAAUCAACUUGAUUGAACAGCAGCAGUCCAUAAAUUUAAUGGAGGAGCUAGACGUGAGCAGCCAUCUAGUUUGUAAAAAAGAGAACGAAGACGGACCGGAUGUGAAGGGUGGUCAUCCCGAUGCGCUUAUCAUACAUGCCACUAGGGUGCAAAAGAUUUCUGAUGCCUAUGGAGAAGCAUUUAUCACUACGUUCCGAACCUUUAUCUCACCACUGGAGCUAAUCCAGAAGCUGACCCAUCGCUACUCUCUGUUCCAUUGUCAGAUGAUCGAUGCAAAACAGAAAGCUGCAAAAGAAUCCUUUUCGCUACUGGUUAGGGUAGUAAACGAUCUAACAAGCCCUGAUUUAUCACGACGAUUACUGGAACUACUGAUGAAUUUUGUUUAUCAGUUAGUCUGUGCCGGUCAUCUCACUAUGGCAAAACUAUUGCGGGUAAAGUUGAUCGAGAAAGUAUUCCUCUACAAACAGAAACUUCCCAAGGAGCCCAGUUCGUUGUCCUGCCGAGCUGUUAUGACUUCACCUCCGACACUGUUAGAUCUCAAAUCUGCAGAGAUUGCCGAACAAAUGACUUUACUGGAUGCCGAACUAUUUCAUAAAAUCGAAAUACCGGAGGUGCUUAUUUGGGCUCAAGAACAAAAUGAGGAACGGUCACCGAAUCUGACGAGGUUCACCGAGCACUUCAAUAAGAUGUCUUACUGGGCACGUUCACAAAUUCUUAAAAAAGAUGAUGCCAAAGAAAGAGAAAAACAUGUGAUCAAGUUUAUCAAAAUAAUGAAACAUUUGCGGAAAAUCAAUAACUACAAUUCAUAUUUGGCACUACUGUCGGCGCUGGAUUCUGCUCCGAUUAGGCGACUCGAGUGGCAUCGAACAAUAACCGAAGGAUUAAAGGAGUACUGCGCUCUCAUUGAUUCCAGUUCCAGUUUUCGGGCCUACCGUCAAGCGUUGGCUGAAACCAACCCGCCUUGCAUACCAUAUAUUGGUUUAGUCUUGCAAGAUUUAACCUUUGUACACAUUGGCAACCCGGAUCUCCUUUCUGAUGGUUCGAUAAAUUUUUCGAAACGGUGGCAACAGUACCACAUAGUGGUAAACAUGAAACGCUUCAAAAAGGGAUCAUACCAAUUCAAGAAAAACGAAAAAAUCAUCGGCUUCUUUGAUAAUUUUGAAGACUAUUUAGACGAGGACGCCAUGUGGCAGAUUUCCGAAAGUAUCAAACCGCGUGGCGGGCGAAAACCUAACGCAACGAACAAUUAGUAUAAGCUUAACUGUCUUAAAGGCAGUGACGAGCAUGACCAAGCCAUGAUGGAGCAGGAGCAACACCAACAAAGGCUGAAGAGAUCGCAGUAUCAGCCGUCAGAGGACCAACAGCGCAAAUAAAAGGAUACCACCGGAGAAGGUAUCAUAACGCCAAAAAUGAUUUUUACGUACAUAAGAUACUUAGUUGUUUAUGUUUUUUUUGUAAAUUUUUUGUACGUAAUUUCUCGGUCGAGAUUUUUUACCACAACCCAUGAAGUUUUUUUUUUAAUCUCGGAAUUGUGGUAAAUGUGUUAUUUUAGAUGUUUAUGUCCAUAAUUGUUUGUUGUUUCUUUUUAUUAAGAUCAGUCAAGAUUGCAUAUGCCAUCCCUAUGGGUUCUGUAGAGCAUCUACACAUUCAGCAUUUGAAAAGUAAUUUUUCUUCUGUAUCAUUAGUGUAAUACAACGUCUUCUAGGUAACACUUAAUUCAAGUUGUAUAUAAUGAAAAACAAAUAAAUUAACUGUGUGGUAAUUAUGAACCACGUGAAAAUAAAAUAUAUCAAAAUAUUACACUAGAACAAUUAUAUUUGCGGCGCGUAUCUGCUGAUCUAUAUACAUACACUAAACAAAAAAUCAUAGAUUCAGAAUAAAUUCUUUUCAAACAGUAGUUUUUAAUUUGGUUUUAUUUUUAUUUUAGCUUAAAAACAUCCCUAAUUUUGUUCCAUACAAUCGCCAUCAUUCAUGUACAUUACAGUCACACAUGAAUACAAACACGAUACAUAUUACCGUUCCUAUACAAAUGAAAAAUUAUUCAAAACAACGAAUGAAGUUCGAUGUGACAGACAAAAUAGAACUUCUCAUUGCAAAGGUAAAAUUAAAACAUUCUAACCGGCCAUAAAAAUGUAAUGUGACUAAAAAGGAUAAUUAAUAGAACUGAAUCAUUAUUCGUUUGGGAUGACAGCAGAUGUUACGUGAUAUCGUUUGGCGUAAAGGCCAUCCUCUAAGAUAGUCCAUCAGUUCAUAUGGUGAAAAUACCAAAAGCAAUAAUUUGUUUUGGUCAACACUUGUUCAGGAUACGUAAAGUAAAUUAAGAUCAGGUUUUUUAGGAAAUUUGUACUGUUUGUUUUAAACUUAGAGCCAGUCUGUCUCAGCUCAUAGUAAACCAUUACUUCGCAUCGUUUUCCUUCGAAUGGGCAGUAAGCUACAAAUUUUUAACAUGAUCCUUAUAAACGCCGGCACAAGACAUUAAACUUGUUGAAUUCGGAGUUCCAAACAGUUCCAUCCACAUUCCGUUAUGUAUAUUCAGCUCACGAGUCGAGUCAGCACACUUUCACAUGGUUUACUUAACUCACAAUCCACAGAUUACACUAAAAUUGUUGCCAAUAUAUUCGAGCCAGACAUUGGAAACAAUACCAAUAGCUUUUAUGCAUGUUGUUAACAUAGUUUCCAACUACACCGAAACAAUCGCCCUUAUUACCGGUGUCACUACACGGUGAAAAUCAAGUGAAGUGAAUGUAGGUUCUUAUUACGGAAGUCACUUCAGAGACAAAAGUAAUGACUUGAGGUAUGAACUUGAUGUCAUUAUGAACAUCACGCCACCAACAUUUUGUUGAAAAAAAUAGUUUUUUUUUCCACCACAGUAAUCGCUGCACUGUGCGUGAUACUGGUAAUAGGUAUAAUCAAGUGAAGUGACAUGUAAGUGAAAGUGGACGAACGGUAAUAAGGGCCAAUUUUUCAGUCUAUUCACGCCAUUUUCUGUUUUUUUUUUUGUCACCGAUAUUUAAAGUUCAUGGAGCACUGCCGUGCUUAUAAUCCUGAAUGAAUUUACAUUUAAUCGAAUUUAUACAGAAAUAAAAAUGAGCAAUAAAAGUGUACAUGAUGCAUAACAUUGCAACAUUUAAAUAAAAGAUUAUUCAGAAUGGUCAAAUACUUUUGUCUGUACAUUUAUUUAUCAUUCAUCAAAAUUCAGAAAGGACACCGGAAAAGUUAUGUUAGCGGAAAUUUAAAAAAAAGAACUGAUGUAGUAUCAACAUAGGUAUAUUGUCAGGUCAUUAUUGUAACAUGUCUCUAAUUUUAUCUAAUAUCUAUCCAAUAUAAAACCAAUAUCAUACGAACGUAAAACUAUAAUACCUUUCUGUAUCUGGUGUUCAAUGACUGAAAAAAACUCUUGAUUUGAGUUCUCUUUUUAUACCUGUUUUGUAGGGAUUUUUCCAAUUACAGUGUAAUUGAUAAAGUAUGUGAGUAAUUUCAUAGCUUUUACUAUCGUUUCCUUCUUAAGCAUUACAAGGAAAGAGGCCAAAUCAAGCAAUUCAAGACAAGUUCCAUUUGAUUUUAUGCUGUAGGUGUAGCAUUUAUAAAACAUCUUAGAUAACUAUUGCACAGGUCGUAUGUGAUUUCCCAAGCCAUUACCUAUGAUUGACAUUAUUCUUUUGCCUGGUUUUGUAUGAUACUCUUAUUUCCGGGUGAAAUGUUAGAAACUUAGUGAAAUGCGUUUUACCCAUCACAUAAUGAACUCCUGCGCUUGUGACCAUUAGGUUUUGCACGAACAUGACAUAACCUCACAAAAAUGAACAGAAUGAACUUUUUUUGACAGUCGACGUGUACUUGUUUACAGUUUAAAAGUUCAUCAGAAGUUCAUCGUUCGAAAAUAAAAAUUGCAAGUCACCUUACACUCAACAGUUUCAUACAUAUAUCGCUCCUUGAUGCUGGAAACACAUACAGGGCAAUCUUUUUAGUUAUUUUCACUGUGGAAUACGUUUUUAACAGUCACUUUUUCGUCAUUUUUCAAUUUUGUUCUGCGACUGCAAGUUAAAAAUUGAAAAAAUGACAAAAAAGUGCCUGUUAAAAACGUAUUCCACAGUGAAAAUAACUAAAACGAUUGCCCUGUAUGUGUUUCCAGCAUCAAGGAGCGAUAUAUGUAUGAAACUGUUGAGUGUGAGGCGACUUGCAAUUUUUACAUUCGAACGAUGAACUUUUAAACUGUAAACAAGUACUCGUCGACUGUCACAUAAACAUAAACAAACCACUGAUAGCUGUCAAAAUAGAUUCAUUUUGUUCAUUUUUGUGAGGUUAUGUUAUGUUCGUGCAAAACCUAGUUGCCGUGUACUUGUUUUGUUUUGCGACUGCAAGUUAAAAAUUGAAAAAUGACGAAAAAGUAACUGUUAAAAACGUAUUCCAGAGUGAAAAUAACUAAAAAGUUUGCCCUGUAUGUGUUUCCAGCAUCAAUGAGCGAUAUAUGUAUGAAACUGUUGAGUGUGAGGUGACUUGCAAUUUUUAUAUUCGAACGAUGAACUUCUGAUGAACUUUUAAACUGUAAACAAGUACACGUCGACUGUCAAAAAAAGUUCAUUCUGUUAAUUUUUGUGAGGUUAUGUCAUGUUUGUGCAAAACCUAAUUGUCAGCGAUUACCUAUGAGCCAAAAGUCACGAAUUCGUCGACCACCUCAAUUUCGUCACCGUCGAUCCGAUCUCUGGAUGGUAGGUUAACGCUAAGGCUAACGUUGUAUUUUGUCAUUAAAACGCUGAUGUAAAGUCUUUUAGAAAGUCGCACAGUUGUUCCAUUGCUUCACGAUCUCCGGAGGACCGAAGCUUGCUUGAUUCGCGCUUCUAUCUCUCGCGUGUUGCGUUCUUUUCCUAUAUUAGCUGUUUACAUUAUUCAUCGAACCAGUCGCUUUCUCGAAUCGCAAUAACUAGAGCCGCUGCAGCAGUACUUCCUAUAGCGAAGCGGAUCUUUCUCCAAUCAUCUUCAAGAGUAACAGCGCCCAGCUGUUUUUUGUGAGUAGUGCGGCUUCCAGCUGCGUUGGAUAUUUUUGGGCGUGCCUAAGUGGCGCAAAGUAGGGUCCUGGAGUGUCAUUCAGGUUCAAGAACUUUGAGCGCAUGUAUACUACAACCAUAGAGAGCAGUACAAACUGCAAAGCAUACAAAUAAAAAUUCGUUAGAAAUGACUGUUGCGUACGAUGUUGCAUGUAUGGAUUUCCAUAAUGCAAGCUUGAACACAAGAUCCCCUUAGAGAUUGCUGGACUGCUCGGAGCGCCUCCAUAGGCGAAUUGCUACUGGUGAUCACUUUGGCAAACAAUCGUUAAUUUUCUUACACACAUUGAAAUCAUUCCAUGGAUGUCUGCUCUAUCCCGCAUGGGCAUGGCUGUCAGAUGGCUGACUAAACGCUGCCAGCGGGAAAAAUAUGGCUGGCAGACAUUCUGGUUACCGACUGCCUCACCGCUGCCAGACAUACAACUCAAAAGAUACAACCAUAUCCACCAGGAUUUUCCACAUCGAAAUCUUUGACAUUUUCAGUGAAGGUGAAAAGAUGGAAACGCUCGGCUGACUAAGAUUAAAGGCAUCAUAUUAACAAGAUAUCCAGCUCUCACAUUUCCCAAACAAAUCAUUGGCAACACCAUUUUUUGCGAGCAUGGCGCCCUCAUGCGAAUCCGCAUCCAAUAUCGUACAUAGAAGAAGGGGAGAGAAAUGUCAAAUACGUUCGCGUUAAAAUAGCAACACUGCCCUUCCAUACAAUUGACAUGAUAUGUUGAAUGUGAUGCCGUGCGAUGGCGUUGCUGAACUGAAAAUUGAAUACGCUCCAAGCUCUGCUAAGAUACAGGCGACUAUGUUUUGCCAAAUUGGAAUUGACAGCCGUCACUAAAUCAAUUUUGGUUGCCGUCUGGUGGCCAUGGCUGCCCAGGUAGCCAAAAGGCCGAGCGGGAUGUGCUGCAACUAGGUAAUGACCCGUAUUUAUAUUCGCACUGCGUUAAGUGCAAAAGAUGAUGAUGUAUAUGUGUGACAUUAGCAGUCCAACAUAAUCUGCUAUUGCAUUGUUGAGCCGAAAGCGAAAUCUAAAAGAAAUUAAUACUCAUGAGCUACAAAACCCCCACAUGACAAUUUUCUUGUUCAUGUUCCUUGUUUAUGUGUACAUGUUCUUAAAUUUUGAAAACUCUUAAGACACGCCUCCGAAUUAGUUUGAUGUAUCAUUUCGACCGUCCCACGACAAAAGGGCCUAACUGCAAAUGACACUUUCUCUUUGUUUAUUUUUUCUUUCACGAUUUACCGAACUGAUUUUAUAUUUGACGCUUUACUCUUCGCAAAACUUUCAAGGUAAAAUUACAAGCUUUCGAUUUAUAUUGGAAACUUUAGAGAAUUUGCCAUAAUGGCUCCGUAAUAAUCAAAAGAGAAAGUAAACAAAGAGAGGCUCUCAUUUGCGGUUAGGCUCUCAUUUUGCGGUUUGUCGAGGGACUAUCGUUUUGUAUGAGCCAGACUUCAACUUUGGACGGCAUCGUGUGAAAAGAUUUUUUUUAUUCACAUUUUUUUUUUCUUUUCCUGAAACUUAUAUUUAUUCAUAAUUCGGAUGGAAUUUUACUGCCGUUUCUAAACCAUAACGUAAAGAAAUUUGACCACUUUUCGUUUCGAUGGGAACGAAGCGGGGAAGCAGUAUUAGUCAAUUUUUCACUUACUUCUGGUCAAUUGAUAAGUAUCUGCGCAAAAAAAACUAGUAGGCGUUAUAGAAUCAUGAGUCUUGUUUUAUGUUAUACGCACUUACCAGAUAAAAACAAUAAAGAUCUCCCCCACCCUUUUGACGGUGCGGAAUAUUUCAUCUUCGUCAAUUCAAAUUCGAUUUCAAGGAAUAAGAGUCUCACAGCACGUGAGUUCAAUUGUUCAAUGUCGUUGAUUUCAAUACAACUCAGUAUUUGUGAGUUUAUUUGUGGUGCUUAUAUACCAAUUGAUUAAUAUCAGAUAAAAGGAGGAUUUUUCCUUUUCAGUUUACUGCUAUGACUAGCUUUCAUCAAUUACCGAAUUCUUCAAAUGUUGGACGUGAUAAACAAACACGACAUUUUUCGACACCUAAAAUCAGUAAUUGCUUAACAUAAAUUUAUCUUCGUUCAGAAAUCAGUCACGACUCGAUAGAACAUAUAAUAAAUUUUGCUGUCAUGAAGUAGUCAAAAAGGAUCUGAAUAAAUGUCAAUCUGCAUUUAACCGAUGCGACCGAUUCGGCGCCGACUUUUUUCUGCUUCGGCUAUACCAUGCACCUGUUUGCAUGUGCAGCUCAGUCAUAGCCAAAGCAGAAGAAAAAUCGUCACCGUAUAAGUUGGAUCGAAUGCUAGCGUUUUGGAGAUGUCAAAACAUUAGUCUACCGUUUCCUCGUUAAUCUAAUGACUUGAAUCAACCCAUUGAGUACUGUGGACUGUGGUCUGAAUAAGAUGCGACAUGAGAACUACAAAGCGUUUUAUUUGAAUGUCGAAGGUAAAGGUAUAGAGAAACAUAUGAAUAAAAUAAGAUUGAAAAAAAUAUGAUAUAUGGAUAACGUUCAAUCACUUUGGUUUACCAUGUAACUACAAACAGUUAGGACCAAUAUACCAAUAAUUAUUAUUAACUCUUCUUGAUCUCGAUCUUGAGUGAUAGUUUUAAAUAUGACUUUUCUUGCCUAUUCUAUAACCAUGGAAUAUCGUAUCAAGGCUCUGUUACACAUAACUUGAAAGUGGACUAUUGAAGAAUGAUUAGUUACUAUUACAAACCACAACAUAUAAAGCAAACAACGACUAUCUCAAAUUAGAAAUAUCCAUCUAAACAUAGGUGUUGGAACUAUUUCAACCAAAAUCCGAAUACCCAAAAUAAAAAAAAGACUUUUCAUGUGAAGCGUUUUGAGUAUUUAUCUCCAGGAAUAAUACUGAACCAAUUAUAUGUUACAUAUAAACACAGCAUCAUAUUAUGUUUUCAAACUAGUUGUUUACGGUAACAGAACAAUGCACUAACUGAUACACAUAUCACAAAGCUCUGCUUAUUCCGUUCGUAGAUAAAAUAGGACAGAUAACCGACGGUGAGUAAACCUUCCAGAAGGUGGCGGGUGCCAGAUAAGACUUUUUACUCUAUAGUAGUGGAACGAAUCAAGAGAAAUUCAUAAAAUACUCUUUUACAUGCCGCGCAUAGCAUAGAUCGUGUUCUAGAUAUAUAGGAAAUUUAAAGUAAGUCGCUUUCUUUAUCAAUGGUAAAUGUGCUGAAAACUAUAAAUAAAUCAGUUAGCUAAUGUUAGACCUAGCCAUACUAAAUUGAAUGGAAACAAUUCCAAUUGGGCAUCGCUUUAGCGUUAUACCUGGAAAAACAGUGAGAUUUAAUGCAAUUAUCUAUUUUAAAACUAUAAUGUAAUAUGCGGAAUGGAAACAGAUAGACUUGAAUAGGAAGGGAACGUUAUACAAUUUUGAAAGAAGAGAAAUACUUUCCAUUUUAGAUCCGACAACACAACACAACAUAUACACAAAUAUAUGGCAUAAAGAAAAACAAUAAGAUACGAAAAGGAGCAGGAGGUGAUUUACUAUAUUCUGAAAAAUACAUUUAUAUACUCUGUUUCUGGAAUGAACACACUCUCAGUAACACAAUACAUCCUAAUCUCAUUAAACAGAAUGACUAUCGAGUAGCUAUUAACCGCAUAAACGCAUAUGAUUAACAAUACAAUUAUAACCCAGUAAAAUGUGGUGAAAAUGAUUUGAUGUGAUACAAUACUUUUACUGCAAAAUGAUAAAAAUAUACUUACCAGUUGCGCAAUUCA